UGAAGCCGAGCAUUAUUCUGUAACCACAUCCCUUGUGGGGUAGGUCGACACGAGGUAACAUACCUGACAAAACUGACGCGCAAUAAACAUUCGUUGAACCUGACGACAACGAUCAAUCGUCGAUUCGGUGCUGCGACGAUCCUCAACCUCCGUUCUUCCGCCAACGCCGGCCGGAAACUCGUCUCCGACGCGAGGAGCGAAGACCCUGGUGAUCUUUGACCCACGAGGAACGGGCGUGAACGGAUUGUUUUCCAUCGCAAGGAUCGUCUCCCGACGCGACGUUCCGUCGUUCGAAGGAUCGGAAUAUCGAAGUUUAUCAGCUCCGCGAGAAUCGCAGCGAUUCGUUCAGUGAGAAACUCUUCCGGAGGAUCGACAUCGAUCUCGUGACUGGUCGGGGACUGCACACUGAGACCAUCAUUGGAUGAAAAUUAUACCGAAACAUGGCGUUUAGGAAGUAUGGCUGAGAAAAUGUACUAUUGGGGUGAGGAGAGAGACCAAGUAGAUUCGGACCAAACGUUCAUAGAGUUCAAAGCGAAGUCGGUCGGGUCGGAGAGGAGAAAGGAGUCUUCCCGAGCUGUUCCGAAGAUGACGGUCUCGUCGCCCCAGGGCAAAGUGGCGGAAGUCAGGAACCGAGAGGAGGACACCGAGCGAGGCGGCUGGGACAAUAAACUCGAUUUCCUCUUCUCUUGCAUCAGCGUGUCCGUCGGCUUGGGCAACGUGUGGCGCUUCCCCUAUCUCUGCUACAAAAAUGGCGGCGGGGCAUUUCUUAUUACCUACGGCAUCGCCAUGGUGUUCUGCGGGAUACCGAUCUUCUUCCAAGAAGUGGCCAUUGGACAAUACCUCGGCGCCGGAGGGAUGACGCUCGUCGGCCAAUUGUGUCCCUUGUUGCAAGGUGUUGGAUACGCUACAAUGACGAUCGUGUUCUUCUUGGACGUGUAUUAUUGUAUUAUAAUCGCGUGGACGUUAUUCUACUUCAUCAGUACUCUCAUGAAUAUACCUGAAGUACCUUGGAAGGGUUGUGGGAAUUGGUGGAACACUAAUACUUGUUACGAUGCAUCCAAUGCCACCGAUCAUACACAGAAUGGGAACAGUACAAACGGUACAAAUUUUAUGAUCAAUAAUACCUUACAUCACACUACACCAGUCGAAGAAUAUUGGGAACGACGAGUUCUCGGGAUCACCUCUGGUAUCGAAACCAUCGGUGGGAUUCAAUGGGAGCUGUUUGGUUGUCUGAUUCUCGGCUGGCUGCUCGUUUACUUUAUCAUCCGGCGUGGUCUCCAUCAGAGCGGUAAGAUCAUCUGGUUUUCAGCGUUGUUCCCGUACGUGGUGCUUUUCAUUCUUUUGGGAAGAGCGGUGACGUUGGACGGCGCCGGCGACGGGUUACUUUACUACGUCACGCCGAGGUGGAAGGAGUUGCUCGCACCGGGGCCGUGGAUCGACGGUGCCACGCAAAUAUUCUUCGCGUACAGUAUCGGCACCGGGGCUCUGCCGGCUUUGGGAUCCUACAACAAGUUCCACCAUAACUGCUAUAAAGAUGCACUGAUUACUUGCGUUGUGAACACUUUGACCUGUCUGCUGGCUGGUUGCGUGACGUUCUCCAUCUUGGGUCACAUCGCUUCGGAGCAAGGGACGGAAGUGUCCGAAGUAGUUAAGAGCGGGCCAGGACUCGUGUUUCUUACGUAUCCGGAGGUCGUUCUGAAGCUUCCCGGUGCUACGAUGUGGGCCAUUAUUUUCUUCGUGAUGCUAUUCAUACUGGGAAUUGACAGUGAAUUCUGCAUCGUGGAAUCGUUUAUCACCGGUGUCGUUGAUAACUGGCCUGACGUCCUUCGGCCCCAUAGGAAUAAGUUCACCAUUGCUAUUUGCGUUAUGAUGUUCGCUUUGGGAAUUCCAAUGGUCACUAACGGAGGAGUCUACAUAUUUCAACUAAUGGACUUCUACUCGGCGAGCGGCAUUAUAUUCGAGGUGUCCAUUUGUUCUUAUAUAACCAAUUUCCUGAAAGGCUUGAAACCGAACAUAAAGUUGCACCCGAAGCUGCCGAAGGGCGAGAAGUCUCCGGUGAUACCGAUGUCCGAGAGCAGCGCCGGUCUGAUCACCAAGAACAACAGUUUUCUAAGUCAAGCAUGAUCGGUGUGAAUCACUUAUUUAUUCCUAAGUAGGUUGUAAUUACCGUAAGUGUAGUAUUUUUAACGGAUUUUAAGACGCGAGGCCGGUGUACAGUAAAUCGUGAUCGUUUCAUCGUAGAGGACGUUAGGAACGAAGCUCAAGAAUCGGCGGACUCCAGUCGCUAGAUCGACGAUUAAUUGUAAAAUAGCUUCGAAAUCUCAACACGUUGACUGCCACGAUUCCAAGCGUUUGUACACCGAUACUUGAUCCUUUGUAACAGUAACGAAUUAGGAACAAUUGUUAACGAUCUAUUAUCACAGUAAUAUUACGCUACAUUACUAAAUAUUUGUAUUACCAAUUUUCUUAUUGCAAUUCCUCUGAAGCAAUUUGAAAGUUCCAAUCGUCAAUCAUCAUAGUGACAGUCAACGUAUUAACCCCUUGCAUGAUUUAUUUAUCAACUGUGAUCCAACUACUUUCUCAUUAAUUAUUUAUUAAUAAAAAGACAAAGUUAUAUUCUAUAUCAAUCUCUGCAAUGAAGUUUGAACGAAAGAAUAUUUUGUUUGAAUUCAAAAGAAUCGAGUUAUUCUGCUCGUUAAAUUCUCUUUGAAAUUAUUGAGGCGUCAUUAACAUAUUGCGCACUGGUAACGAGAAAUCUCGUUUUUAUGUAGAGACACUUAGCUGUAUAACUUUGAUGAUUACCACAGCUGUGAUUUAUUUUAAUGUGUGAUUUUUUUCUAUUUAUUUCAAUGUGUGAUUUAUUCCUAUUUAUUUCAAUGUGUGAUUUUUUUGUAUUUAUUUCAAUGUGUGAUUUAUUUCUAUUUAUUUCAAUGUGUGAUCUAUUUCUACUUAUUUCAAUGUGUGAUUUUUUUCUAUUUAUUUCUAUGUGUGAUUUAUUUCUACUUAUUUCAAUGUGUGAUGUAUUUCUAUUUAUUUCAAUAUGUUGAAAAAAUAUAAAAUUUGACUCGAAUUGAUUAUCUAUUUAAAAUAUAUUACAUAACAAUAUAUCUGAGUUUCUCUAUGUAUACUGAUAUAAGUUGACCUUGAAAAUUGCCAUCGCACAAUUCAGCUCUCCGAAAAUUAACCGGUACGCGAUGUGUUAAAAACCCAAAAACUUUUGGAAAUGCAAUAUGAAAUAAUAAAAAUUUAAGUAAAAUGUUCAUGGUUAAAUUAGGGUUGAAAUGAACGAAAAUUCUAUUGAAAUAUGAAAUUAAACAUCUUUUCAAGUACAAUAAUAUUAUUGAAAUUGAAAGAAAUAAUUCUAAGUGCCCAGAAAAUGACAAUAGAGUAUUUCUGUGGAGAUUGAGUGUUUUAGAUUCCUUGUGCUAUUUUAAUUGAUAAUUAGAACUAAAAUUGAACCAUUAGAAUGUGUUAAUAGAAAACGCAAGGGGUUAAGUGUCAACAAAUAAGCACUCCAUUCGCUAUGACGUCACGAGUGCCAAGUUCGCCGCAACCGACGUUUGCGCAGCUUCACGUCGACGGUACAAUGAACGCCGAACGCGCCGAUGCGUUCGCUGGCAACGAAACCGAUGACGAUCACUGUAACCGGAACACCGACUUCGUAAUUCUUGUAUUAACCGACGCAUCGGUACCAUGUAAAACAUGUUUACGAUUAGGACGAAACGCGGUUGAGGAGGGAAACGAGUCAGUCGACUGUGCGGUAAUUAGGUACUACGAUAGUGGACUACAAUGCUAGAAGAGGUCUAUUUUUCCAUCGCGACGCGGCUCGCGAUGCAUGUAUAAGAGAUUAUUAAAGGAAACAUAGUUUAGUUGAUAGUUUCGCUGGUUUAACGCGAGGGAACACAAUGUUUUUUCCAAGAAACUGCACCGCGAACCAUGGGAAACCAUCCGAGUAGAUCUUUCGUAUUACAUCUUUUCGAUCUUUCCGGGACAACCGAUUUUUCUACUUUACCGAGGGAAUAGAUCGGGUCGCAGGAUUUCCAAGGGAACCAAGUGUCGGAUCGAACUCCGCAGUUUUCAUUAGUAUUCAUUAGUUCUCCGAGUCUUCUAGUCGUUAGCGAUGUAAAUAGUGGAGGAAGACACGAUUAACGCUGGAACUACCAACCACUUGAACUGGUUCUUUCGAAUUUCUUUUUGAAACUUACAACCGGGUAUUGACACUAGAACUACCGAGCAUUUAUGAUUCAUAUAUAAUCCCUAUAAAGAUUGUACUAGUAAAUUAUCUUCUGUUUCUGCAGUCAUUCAUUAUAGUAUGUAACCGUUUGGGUGCUAAACAACUUUUGUGGAUAUUUACC